AUAAUAUUAGCUUCAUAUUCUCGGUGUUUCUCGCGAGAAAGAUCUUUUCACUUCCGUCGUCGUUCUUUGAGAACAUCGGUGAAGCGGCAAAAUGAGUGGUCAAUUGAUGCGAAUUGCGGCCCGAACCGUGAGAAUUUCUCACCGGGCUUUAGGCACAGCGGCAACCACCACUGGUAAAGAGGUGGCUAUGGAGCAGCCUCAGAAGGACAAGAUCUACCCCAAGAUAGGAAAUCGAGAUGUGGUUGGAUAUGGUUUCAACGGAACUGGUUCCUAUGCCGAUAGAGAAGAAUUUCCGUGCCCUGCUAUCCGCUUCAAGGAAAAUACGCCUGACGUUUUGGCUCUGCGAAUGAAGGAGAAAGGAGAUUGGAAAAAACUUACGCUGGAAGAGAAGAAAGAAUUGUACCGAGCGAGUUUCUGCCAAACGUUUGCCGAGAUGAAGGCUCCGACGGGCGAGUGGAAGUCCGUCACAGCGGCCGUUCUCCUGGCUCUUUCAGUCUCAGCCUGGUUCAUCAUGUGGAUGAAAACCUACGUUUAUCUGCCGAUGCCACGCACCCUCACCGCGGAAUGGCAACACGAAAUGGGCGACCGGAUGCUCAACCAACGGCAAGGGCGUGUUACCGGCUUUACGUCAAAUUACGACUUGGAAAAGGGUCAAUGGAAAUAAACUUAAUAUCACCUAGAACAGACAAUAUUACUGAUGUAGAAUUUGUUGCCAAUAUUGUUUAUUUUAAAAGAUACCGUACAUCUUUGCUUGUUCGUUGACAUUGGCUGUCUAGCAACACCCUAAUUUCAAGCCAUGAUUUAAUGUACUUAUUUGUGGUACCACAGCUCUGCAAAAAAGGAAAAUACCUUAGCACUUAAAAAAACAUUGUCUUUAGUAGAUGUUCUUGAUUGUACUACAUAUGACAAUGCACAGAAGAGCCACUAUUCGUCAGAAGAUGAAAUCUUUUUCAUGUGCAAUUGUAUUUAUUUAAGAAUUAUAACUGAUUUAAAAUCUAAAACAUGUCCAUCAGUCGAACUUUAGAGAAGUGUCAAGAUUUAUAUAUAUUAUAAUAAAGUAUGCAUGUUUUGAACAAAAUAUUGCUGGAACAAAAAUCAAUGCUGUUGUCCAGGAUUUGGAUUAAACAAAUGGUUAGCAUUGUCUGUCUGUACAGGUCAGGAUGAAUACGUAAAAAAAUAAUUGGAGUGAAACUUUCGAACACAAUUCAUUGUUAAAAGCUAAAAAUGUGACGCCUUUAGUGACGGGCGAAGUUAUACGGUAGACCGAUCAUUAUUGGACGCAAAUGCAUCAUUGAAAGUUGGGUUCUGUAUUUUAUACGUACCUAUUGUGAUAGCAGUAACUGCAUUUGCUUGAGGUCAAAUUUUAAAUAUUACUGUGUCUGUAAUGAAAAUUAAUAAAUAGUGUGGACGUAGUUCA